GGUCUCGAUACGCUCACAACAUCGAUCUCGUUCCGCGACGGAAACACCGGUCACUCGCGAGAGCUCCAAAGGGCGUCAGCUCGUCUGUCUAAUGAAAAAUCGCAACGAUCCUUAACUGUUAUAUUUGAACAAAUACAAACCAUGUGCGACCAAUACUCUCUUCCUCGUUCCGUGUCGGAUACAGCCAAAAUGCUCUAUCGGCGAUGUGAAGAAGAGAAGUUGCUACGAGGCAAACAACCAGACGCAAUCGUCGCUGCAUGCUUAUUCAUUGCGUGUCGACAAGCUUCUGUCCCCCGUACAUUUAGGGAGAUAGUCGAGUUGACAAACGUGCCGAAGAAACAGAUUGGGCAAUGCUAUAAAGCGCUUGAGCGGGCCUUCAACCUUACACCCGGAGCCACCGCUGCAAAUCCCAAGGGACAUCACACAGCGCCCAACGACCCAGGGAACCCUGGACCGAGUGGUGCCCCCAACGGUGCCAAUAGUGAUCCCCUUGGUGGCGCUGGAUCUACAAAUUCCACUAGCCCCGAAUACCUCAUGGCGCGCUACUGCAAUUACCUUGAUCUUCCGGCCGCACUGCAAGCAUACUGCGCUGACGUUGCUGGUCGUGCCCGUAGUCGCGAUGUUGGCAGUGGACGUUCUCCUGUCUCGAUCGCCAGUGGAAUCAUUUAUUUCACAGCAAUGCUUUUCGGCUAUUCAGUCUCGCUCAAAGAGAUUGGAAAUACGGCAGGAGUCA